UUGUAACUCAUUGACGCAAUUGACAAAUCAUCUGAGAUGAAACGCAAAUCGAAAUUGUGAUCAAUUUGUCAGAUUCUCUGCUCCCAAUUCCGUACCUCAAAUUUUGCCAACCCCGCAAUCAUGGAAGCAGACAAAACGCACUUCAACUCCAUCCCCUGGUGCGCCGACCUCCUCUCCAACCCCAACCUCAUCAUCGAACCCAUGGAAUCCCGCAACCUGAAGCCCAGCACCGAAGAUGCCUUCUUCGCCGAAACCCUCCAAACCAAAUCCACCCUCUCAUCCGGUCUCAUAUUCUACACCCGACCUUCUUCCUCGGACCGCAUCCAUAAACUUAAUGCGCUCAUGACUUUAGGAUAUGCCGUUAACGGGUAUCCGAAGAUUGCUCAUGGGGGACUGGUUGCGACGAUUAUGGAUGAGAGUAUGGGGUUAUUGUUGCAUGAGAAUAAAGUUAGGGGCGCGUUGGAUGGGGUGGGGAAUACGGUGACGGCGUAUUUGAAUGUUUCUUAUGUGAAGGCUGUGCCGACGCCGUCGACGGUGCUGAUUACGGCUGAGUUGAAGGAGGUUGUGGGGCGGAAGUACUUUGUUCACGCGACAGUCAAGGAUCCUGGAGGAGAGGUUUUGACGAGGGCUGAGGCGCUGUUUAUUGGGGUUAAAAAACCGGAUGAAAAAUUGUGAGUUUGAUGGUCCUUGAUAGUAAAUGGGAGCAGUGAGAUCAUUGAGUUUGUUUGUGGGAUAUCAAUCUGGGACAUCUAGAGGGGAAGGGUCUUUGAGACAUAGAAGCGGGUUCAUGGUGUAUAGAUAGCAGACAAUUCUUGAGAAGGGCCAGAGACAUUGGAGUUGGAAUGGGAAUCACAUGGCAAGUUUUAGCAUUGGAUUCAGCUGAGUGACAUCAAUGGAUUGGAAACAUG